GGGCUCCCGCUAUAGCCGCGUCCCGGCGUGGGGAUAGGUUAAGGAAAAGACCGGGGAAUCCUGUUAGGCCGCACCUGGGGAAGGGACAGAGAAGGAUUAGGGAAGCGGAGACCGUGAGAGAGGGCUGGAGAUGAGAGUAGGAGGAGGAAGCCUUUAAGGGAGUCCGGAGGCCAUUGGGAGCUGAAGCGGGAGGCGGAGGGGCGGUGUGGAGUGCGAGGGGAGGGGCGGGGCGGGUGGAGAAGGGCCUGGUAGGAGGAGGAGGAGGAGGAGGAGGAAGAGAAGGAGAAGGGCGCUCCUUUCUGCUGGGAGAGAAGGGAGGAGCCUCCUGGCUGCACCCCCCCUCUCCCCACCCCCUCCUCACCCCUCAGCUGUAGCGAGGGAAGGAGAAAGGGCCGGGAAAAGGGAGGAGAAAGGAGGGGGAGGGGCAGCGACUAGAACUGAGGCCUUCCCUCUCUCCCCCUCUGCAGCUAGCCCCCUCCCCCAGACCCGCCGUGGGGGGCGGGGAGGUCCCCGAGAGCCGCGGGGUUCUGCGGUCAGGCGAGCCUUGGGAGAGGGUCGAGGAGGAGAAAGAAGGAGGAAGGCAGGCCUCUCCGACUCCGAGCUGGGGCUGGGGGUGGGUUUCUCAUUCCUUGACGAACCAAAGAGAGAGAGAGUAGGAAGGGGAUUAAAAAAAAAAAACCCACAGGAAGGAAGAGAGAACGAGAGAGAAAGCGAUCAGAUCUGAUUUUCCCAUUUUUUUUUCAGGAGGCCGGUGUGACCGAAAGCCCACCCCAAACUCAGAGCCACAGUAAUAAUAACCCAGAGUGAGAUUAAUCGGGGGCAGGCUUGCUUUGCAGGAGAGAGGCAGAGAGAAAAGGGGGGAAGAGAAGACGAAAGAUCUCCCCGUUUCAUGGAGGCUGAGGCGAGGAAAUCUUUGGGAGCCAGGAUUUGGAGGAGCAUACCCGCAGAACGGAGUCAAGAAAUUGCCUUCCAGAAAAAAGGCCGAACUUAGUCUGAGGAGGCUCAGACGGGGUUAGUUUAGGGGAGAGGGGUGGGGGUGUGGGGGUGGGGGAGGACAGCCUCUGGAAGUUUUUAAAGGAAAGCCAGAACCAAAUCAAAAAAGGAAAUUAAUCUUCAGGGAUUCUGUAUGUGCUGUUGUUAUUUUGAAGGAAGGAAAACUGCAGCUUUUAAUUUGGGGCUUUAGGGCAGAGACUCGGACGAAUUGCAGAACCAUCAGUGUAUAAGUCUGUCAAUUUUUAAAAUUAAGAAUCCAUCUAUUUUUUUUUUAAGAUUGAACUGGACUUAGGAAAAACUGUUGUGUACAUCCCAUUGUAUGAUUUUUAUUUAUUUUUACGGUACAAAUUGUUUGGAACAAUUUUUUCCAAUCACCCUUUUGGAUUUAUUCAUCUAUUUUUUUUUUAGCUGUAGCCUCUUGUUUUAAGUAUUGGAGACCAGAAGUCGGUCCUCCCCCCUCCCCCCCCCCCCCCCUUUUGGGAGCCUGCCCACAAAAAGGAUAGUUGGGAAAACUGGAUUAAAAGGAUGCCUUUUAUUUUUGUUUUGCAGCUAAGACGGAUAUUUUGAAAGCACGCUUCUUUUUUAUACUUUUAUUUUUUAGUUUGUGGCUCUAACCUUGAAGAGAUUUGUGGUUGGGUUUUUGGUUAAUAAGGUCAGUUUUUCUCUCGAUCUCUGUUUUUCCUUUCGUUUUUUUUUUUUAAGUGGGGGGAGGGGAACGGGGGGUUAAGAAAGGAGACCAUGUUAACUGGUAGAGGCAUUAUGGAGCUUCAGUUACCAGGGUCCUGAGAGCUUGAAGGAAAAAGGAUUCGGGCCCCCAAGUUGGUAUUCUCUUCCCCUCCCUUUUUUUUUUUUAAAAUUUGUUUGAAUUGCAAGUUAUUCAAUUUCCAUCAAGACUAAAGCCACAGGAUUUGGAUCAGUGGAGACACCCGAAGAACCAUGAGUGUAAGGUUACCCCAGACGAUAGACAGGUUAAGUAGCUUGUCUUCCCUGAGUGAUUCGGCCCCUGAGCAAAAGACCCCUGAUCACCAAGGCCAACCUUCUGAUUCCUGUGAGACCACAGGUCUCGUCCAACGGUGUGUCAUUAUCCAGAAGGAUCAGCAUGGCUUUGGCUUCACAGUCAGUGGUGAUCGCAUUGUCCUGGUGCAGUCAGUCCGGCCUGGAGGUGCAGCCAUGAAAGCUGGUGUAAAGGAGGGUGACCGGAUCAUCAAAGUAAAUGGCACAAUGGUGACCAACAGUUCACACUUGGAAGUAGUGAAGCUCAUCAAAUCUGGUGCCUAUGUAGCACUGACUCUUUUGGGCUCUUCUCCUUCAUCUGUUGGGGUGUCUGGGCUCCAACAGGACCUAGGUUCACUAGGAACCUCCCGGGCAAUCCCAGUUAUUCCUCCACCUCCACCACCUCCCCCUCUGCCACCUCUACAGCACAUCACAGGGCCCAAGCCCCUACAGGAUCCUGAAGUGCAGAAGCAUGCCACUCAGAUCCUACAAAAUAUGCUGAGGCAAGAGGAGAAGGAGUUACAGCAUUUUCGAGAGGUGUAUAGUCGUAACCCAGCCAGCCUUCUGGAAGAGCAGAUCGAGGGAGCCCGGAGGCGAGUCACCCAGCUACAGCGCAAGAUACAGCAAGGGUCGGGUGGCUCAGUGGAUAUAUUGCAAAUGUCUGACACCAACCCAGCUAAUCUGAAGUCUUCAGAGGGCCGUCAUUCCUUGGAUUCCCAAGAUGGAGACAGUGGCUUAGACUCUGGGACAGAACGAUUCCCUUCCCUCAGUGAGUCAUUGCUGAAUAGGAAUUCGAUACUAUCAGAUCCUGGACUAGACAGCCCACGGACAUCACCUGUGAUCAUGGCUAAGGUGGCCCAGCACCAUCGGCGACAGGGCUCAGAUACAACUGUUCUACCCACUACUGAGCAGGGUUUGGAACAUAGCCCAAAGCCUUUGAUUAUUGGCCCAGAGGAAGAUUAUGAUCCAGGUUAUUUCAACAAUGAGAGUGAUACUCUCUUCCAAAACCUAGAGAAACUCAAAUACCGACCUGCUCAUCUUGGGGUUUUCCUGCGCUAUAUCUUCUCGCAAGCAGAUCCAAACCCUUUGCUCUUCUACUUAUGUGCAGAAGUUUACCUGCAGACAUAUCCCAAAGAUUCCCGAGGAUUAGGAAAAACUAUCUGGGCUAUUUUUCUGGAAAAGAAUUCGCCCCUAAGAGUGAAGAUCCCUGAAGCAUUGCAGGCUGAAAUUGAUUUGCACCUUCGGAAUAAUGAAGAUAUACGUAGUGCAUUGUCUGAGGCUCAAGAAGCAAUUAAGCCAGAGAUCCAGGAACAGAUCCAAGACUACAGAACAAAGCGAACCAUGGGCCUGGGCAGUCUCUAUGGAGAGAAUGACCUUCUGGAUUUGGAUGGGGACCCCCAGCGGGAACGACAAGUUGCAGAGAAACAGUUGGCUGCUCUGGGAGAUAUCUUGUCCAAAUACGAGGAAGUCCGGAGUAUUUCGAUGGACUUUGCUCUCAACACCUAUAUGAGCCAUGCUGGGAUUCGAUUUCGAGAGGCCCGGCCCUCCACAGCAGAGAAGUCCCAGACUAUUCCUGACAAGGACAAGUGGCUCCCUUUCUUCCCCAAGACUAAGAAGCAGAGCAGCAAUGCCAAGAAGGAAAAGGAUGCUUUGGAGGACAAGAAACGGAAUCCUAUCCUCAAAUAUAUUGGAAAACCCAAAAGCUCCUCUCAGAAUAUCAAACCUGGCAAUGUGAGAAACAUCAUUCAGCAUUUUGAGAACAACCAGCAGUAUGACUCCCCUGAGCCUGGGAUGCAGCGACUCUCAACAGGAAGCUUCCCUGAGGAUCUGCUGGAGAGUGAAAGUUCACGUUCAGAAAUACGCCUGGGCCGCUCAGAAAGCCUGAAAGGACGAGAAGAGAUGAAGAAGUCUCGGAAGGCAGAGAAUGUUCCACGUUCUCGAAGUGAUGUGGAUAUGGAUGCUGCUGCUGAGGCUACUAGGCUCCAUCAGUCAGCCUCAUCCUCAGCUUCCAGCCUUUCUACCAGGUCUCUGGAGAAUCCAACCCCUCCUUUCACCCCCAAAAUGGGACGUAGGAGCAUUGAAUCCCCUAGCCUUGGGUACUGUACUGAUGCCCUUCUCCCCCACCUCCUGGAGGAUGACCUAGGUCAAUUGUCUGACCUGGAACCUGAGCCUGAUACCCAGAACUGGCAGCACACAGUGGGAAAGGAUGUGGUAGCUGGGCUGUCACAGAGGGAGAUUGAUCGACAGGAAGUUAUCAAUGAACUGUUUGUGACAGAGGCAUCCCAUCUUCGGACUCUACGAGUCCUAGACUUAAUUUUCUACCAACGUAUGAAGAAAGAGAACUUGAUGCCACGGGAGGAGCUGGCCCGCCUCUUCCCUAACUUGCCGGAACUUAUUGAAAUCCACAAUUCUUGGUGUGAGGCCAUGAAGAAACUCCGGGAGGAGGGCCCUGUCAUCAAAGAAAUCAGUGACCUUAUGUUGGCCAGGUUCGAUGGUGCAGCCCGUGAGGAACUCCAACAGGUAGCAGCACAGUUCUGUUCCUCUCAGUCAAUUGCACUGGAACUGAUCAAGACCAAACAACGUAAGGAGAGCCGCUUCCAACUCUUCAUGCAGGAGGCUGAGAGCAACCCCCAGUGCCGACGUCUCCAGCUCAAGGACCUGAUUGUUUCAGAGAUGCAGCGUCUUACCAAAUAUCCAUUGCUGCUAGAGAACAUCAUCAAAUACACAGAUGGUGGUAGUUCAGAGUAUCAGAAACUGUGUCGGGCCCGGGACCAGUGCCGGGAGAUUCUUAAGUAUGUGAAUGAGGUGGUGAAACAGACAGAGAACCGACAACGGUUAGAGAGCUACCAGAAACGCCUGGACACCACCUCCCUGGAGAGGGCCAGUAAUCCUCUGGCAGCAGAGUUCAAGAGCCUGGACCUCACAACAAGGAGAAUGAUUCAUGAAGGACCUCUGGCAUGGAGGAUAAGCAAAGACAAGACAGUGGAUCUUCAUGUGUUGCUCCUGGAGGACCUGCUGGUAUUACUACAGAAGCAGGAUGAGAAGCUGCUCCUCAAAUGUCACAGCAAGACCUCCCUGGGCUCCUCGGACAAUAAGCAGACAUUCAGCCCUGUGCUGAAGCUCAAUGCUGUGCUCAUCCGCUCAGUGGCCACAGACAAAAGGGCCUUCUUCAUUAUCUGCACCUCUGAGCUGGGACCUCCCCAGAUCUAUGAGUUGGUUGCACUGACGUCAUUGGAUAAAAACAUGUGGAUGGAACUUUUAGAGGGUGCUGUGCAGAAUGCCACCAGGAACCCUAGCAUUGUGCCAGAUCCUGCCCACCUUACUCAGCCAGCUCCUCAGCAGCCAUCUCAACACAGCUCUACACCCACAAGCAUGGGAUUAAGUGACUCAGAAGCAUCCCAAGGAAAUGACUGCCAUCCAGAAGUUGAACUACUGCCUAGAGGUGAUGGGGCCCAACAGUGGGUUAAUGGGAAGCAUCAAGCAUUAUCAGAAGAACCCAAGCAGGAAGGCAGUGAGGAAGAGCUGGUUGCUUCCAAAUCCAUGUCAUCCCUGGGUGGAGGAGGCCUGGGCAUCAGAACAAGAAGCACCAUCCAUCUGCCCCUGCCUGGUCCAUUUUUCAUGGAAGGACUAGCUGACUCUGCCCUGGAAGAUGUGGAGACUCUUCGGCACCUGAUCCUGUGGAGCCUUUUGCCUAUUCAUACGAUAGAGUCCAGAGCUACUGUGGAGCCAGAAGAUGACCUCACGCCUACACCAUCUGUCAUAGGAAUCACCUCCCACCCCUGGGACCCAGGUUCUCCUGGGCAGCUGCCAGUUGGAAUGGAAGGAAAUGACCUUGCACCCUUUGGGCAGAUGACUAGCCGGAUGGAACUAGAGAUGGGGGAGUUAGAUGAUGCAGCCCUGAGUUCCCUAGAGCAUCUGCCCCCAAGAGCCAGAAACUCUGGAAUCUGGGAGCCCCCAGAACUGGACAAAGACAUUACUGAAGAGCCUCCUACCACAGAGGCUGUUGAAGGUUACAAAGUAGUAAGGAAAGCUGAGGUGGCAGGCAGCAAUGCUGUCCCUGCAUUGCCAGAGUGUGGCAAAUCAGAAACUGAGCCACCAGAAGCUGGAGGUGGACCUAAUGCCGCGGGAAACUGUUUUUAUGUCAGUAUGCCAACUGGACCCCCAGAAUCGAGCACGGACCCAUCAGACAUAGCCAGGAGCUCCUCCCAGCAAGAUGUCCCCCAUUCCUCCCCCACAGAGCCUGAGCACCAGGGAGGCGGUGGAAAUGAGAGAAGGGGUCCGAGUUCGGCUCCCAGUCUAGCCCUCAGGGAUGUGGGCAUGAUCUUCCGGACCAUCGAGCAGCUCACACUCAAACUCAACAGACUUAAGGACAUGGAGACCGCCCACCGGGAGCUGCUAAAGUCCUUGGGGGCAGAGUCAUCCGGUGGUACCACACCUGUGGGUGGCCUCAGCGCAGAGGCAGCUAAGUGGACUGAGAGCCCCCCUUUGCCGCCAGCCAAGGAGUCCAUCUCUUCAUACUCCAAGGACAGUCAUGAGCGAGGACCAGGCCCUGCGGCUGACCCUGACAGCCUACUGGAAGACAGUCCAGCGGACACAGCCAUUUCACUGGGACUUUAAUCAUGGAACCCCCCCAGCCUUUCUGGCUCCCCGCCUCCUCAGGGACUGCCCCAGGACAGAGGGCACAGGAGGGAAGACCCCAAACCUCAGUCCUUCGGGGAGGACUAGAAUCUAAGCCAGGUCUGAGGGGGAGCCAGAUUCCUGGCUCCACGCAUGUUGCUUCUUCCAUUCGAAUCUGUCAAGUUUGCUGUCCUCUACCCCUGACUAGAACCUCAAGUCUCUGUGCAUGCUGAUUGCAUCUGAGAGGCCCCCUCUCCUUCCCCGAACACGUGUCUAUACACAUGUGUAUAUGUGUAUGCGCCUCGCAGGCUUGACUAUCACAUCUGUACGUUUGAGCGAGAGAUGGAGUCGUCUGUAUAAAUGCACUUUCUCCACCCCCGUCCCUUUCCUCCUAGGAUUCCAAGGCAGGGAGUUGAGGCACCUCCACUCCCUCCCCCUGGCCAUUUUGGUUUUCUAUAAAUAUGUAUGUAUUGUA